CAAGAUAAAGCGCCCUCUUCCGAUUUGUACAACAGCAGUGGUGUGGUAAGUUCGCGCGUACGAGAAUUGACCGGCUGUUUUCUGCAAAAUGUAAUUAUUAUCGUGCAGACGUGGAAGAAAAAACAUUCUUAAAGUUUUUUAUCGUUUGUUACGACUAUUUUCUGAGCAACUACUAGCAUUAGAAAAAUACAUACACUUAAUUCUGUAACCUGCGCGUAAAACGCAAACAAACAUGGCGGACAACGAGCAAGAGAGCAGCAUGAUGGCCGAGGCAGGAAAUCAUGCUUUAGAUCCAAACACUGUCAUAGAAACAGCACAAGAUCUGGCCGAAGCAGAGUCAGAAAGUGUCAGUGAAGAUAUUUUGCAUCAGGCUUUUGUCGAAGCUGAAGACUUUGACCACAGUUCAGUGCCAUACACAGUUCAAUCUGACGAUGUGACAUCGGUAACGCAGGAAAUAGUAAAUACAGUUGUCACAGACUCAUCUUUGGAUCCUACGACGGCAACACAUAUUGUAACAGCAGAUGGUACAUAUGCCACUACAACAUAUAGAGUUGUGGGUACCUUACGUGAUGGUACCAUUUCUAUACCAGAUGAACUAAUAGCACAGGCUGCUUCAGCGUCUGACAGCACAGAGCAUGUUGUGGAAACAUCAGAAGAGACUACAAAUGUGAUGGAUUCGGUGGAGCAGCAGACGGAGUUUGUUGAUGCACAAGAGCAUGAUGAUCAGCAGUUACAAGAAACAGUUGAGAAUGAGACUUGUGACGGGGAACAAUCUAUUGGUCAGCAUGCUCUUGCGCCAGUGGAAGGAAUACGGUUUACUUUAGUGACCGAUAACCAAGCAAACUCAGCACCAUUAGGAUCCAGCCAAAACCCCAUCCGCAUCAUACAACAGGGUAAUCAGUAUACACCUGUGCAGCAGUUAACAACAGAACAGCUACAGCAGAUUAUGCAGGUGGUCCGUCAGCAGCAACUAGCCCGGAAUACUCAGGAAUCAGGAGCCUCAAUCCUUUUUAACACAGCCACCAACACACGCAUCGUUUAUCGUGUAAUCUAUCCGUCAGAGUUACACAAAGGUCAGCAGUCAGUCCAGCAGGUGACAUCUCGUGGUACCUCAGCUGGAACUUCCGCUGUUCAGAUCCAGCAGACUGUGCAGAUGCCUAAGCGACAGUAUCGCAAAAGAGGCAGAGAGGAUGAAGAUGACAAAGUAGAUGGGCCAGAACUGUCCAAAGAAGAAAAGGAAGAGAGAAAAAAGCAUCGGCCUCGUACCAGGUCUGGACGUGUUUCUAAACCUCCAAAGCAUAUGGUGAAAGACUACAAGCACAUACAUGUGCUGGACUGGGAUGAAGAUUAUGAUGAUUCAGAUGGAGGUUAUUCAGACUAUAAGAAUAGUGAUGAGGAGGGAAAGGAAAGGACAAAAGAGAGAAGGGAUAUGUCAGGAGAUUCAAGUCUCAACACAGAUUAUAUGUUGACAGGAUUAGGUUCAACACGACCAAAGAAUUACAGAUGCCAACAGUGUGAUAAGUCAUACAUUGGACGGGCAGGGCUUGGACGACAUUAUCGGUUAAAUCCAAGUCAUGGAAGUCUUCCAGAAGAAACACCAGAAGAGAAAGAAAAAGCUAAUGGCCUUGCUGCUACAGAAAACAGCUCGGUAUUUAGCACUGUUUCUAUAAAUAAUACAAGCACCCCAGCAGGAACAAUAGUUGUCACAGGAGCAAGCAGUGUGGGUAGCAGUAUUGGCAACCUUUCUGAGGAUAGCAAUACACAAGAUUCAAUUCCUAGCAGCACAGGAGCAACAUCACCAGUUACUACAAGGACUCGAAGGCCUUAUAGAGGCAGAGGGGGUUAUCGCGGAAGGUGGGCCUAUUAUCACCAGACAGCUCCUUUGAGGAGAAAACAAAAACUGAAAGAGUUGAUUAAAACAUGUGAGGAUGAGGACCUUAUGGAAGUGGUGCUCCCUCGGUUAGUCAAGGUCAUUACACCAUGGGAGUUUAUGCUGAUGAAGAUUGAAUCUGAUGGUUCAGCUCAACCCCGUGUGGAUCAGAUAUAUCGUGAAUUUUACGCUUUGCAUAAGCAUGUCCGUCGAGUAUGUCAGGAAUGCUUACACCCUUCAUCGUGCAAACAAAAUGGUCUUCAUGGAGAUAACAGCAAGGACAGCACUGUGCACAUGCUAAAGCUAGAAGAUGCAGCUGUUGCCCAGUCCUUGGGAUUUGAGACUGGUAUGUAUGAAGUGCGGGAAAUGCCGGAACAUGAGCAGAGUCCCUUCCGAUAUAAGUAUCUCACAUCUGAUCCUAAUGGACCAGCAGGUACUCCAGCAGAGAACCGCACCAUUCAGGUAGUUACUCCAGAGGAACUUGUUUCACAGCAGCCCAGCAGGCGUCAGAAGGUUACAUCUCUCCUGAACCCAUCUGGCACCACAGGGUUGGUUCCGGCCACUGUGACUGCAAGUUCUCUUUUGACAUCCAUUGCAUCUAAUCAGGCUCUUACUGGAAAUGUAGUUAAGCAGGAGCAAUCAAAGACUGGCAUAAUGCACAGUGUAGCAAUACAGCAUCACGGGACUCCAGCAAAACAGUCUCAAAGACAACAACAGCAAAGGUUAAUAUUACCUGGCUCAAGUGUGUCCAUUCUGAACACUGCCAGCCGAACUGUUUCCCCCCGCAGUGUCACAACUGUUGUUCCUGCCAACCAACAAGUCAUCAUGGUGAAGUCAGCCUCCCUUCAUUCACCACAGAUUUUGGCAGUCUCUUCUCCUGGCGUUUCUUCAAAUCCACCAAGCUCGACUGAAAUCCCACUUUCCCAGGCAGCAAAUUUGGUGACUGUAGUUCCAUCUACCCUGACCUCUAACUCGUUGUCUCUCUUGCAACAGACUUCAUGUGAUGUGACUUCUGAUAUUUCUUCCAUGGCUCCAGUGGACUUCAUGGAUACUAGUGGAGAUAGCCCAGUCAGUUCUGUGUCUUGUUUGUCUUCGGCCAAUAGCAGUGGCGUGAUUGCAGUGGUGUCAGGCUCAUCUCUGCCAAAUGGUUUAGCUGAUUCUGAGGUGCUCAAUAUGUCAGGAAGAAUAAAAAUCAACGGAGUGUCUGAACGAGAUAGAGUGUUGAUGGGUAGCGUCCUGUCAGACAUUCCUGCUUCUUCAGAUUGUGGUGAUAGUGUACUAUUGACUUCCAAUGCUCAGGAUUCCUCCAGCUCUAGUGGUGCAAUCAACUCCUUGUCUGAAUCAAAUACAAAUUGUGCUGUGGAGGUCAAAUGUGAAAAUGGUGACAUGUAUGCCACUGACAGUUCCUGUCAUCUGCAGGUUCUUCAGCAGGAAACAGCAGAGACCACCUUAAUAACAAAUGUAGAUUCAUCAGAACAUAUUACAAGCCUUGAUGGUCAACUAAAUGGUGAUGUGCAUCUGAUGGAAACUGAAAAUUGUGUACAAGACAUGGCUUUAGAAGACCCUCACCAUCUGAUGGUUGAAAAUAGUGAGGGACAGGUUGUAGGAGAAGACGAAGGUGAAGGUGUGGUUGUAGCUACGGAACAACAGGCUAGUCUGUUCCAGACAGAGGAUGGUAUUCUCAUUAUUCAAAACCCAGAUGGAACCACGUUUCAGCUGCAGGGUGCUCAGGGUAUUCCAUUGGAGACUGUGCAAGCUUUGCUGGCCAUGGAGGGUCAUUUUGAGUCUGGAGACCAGAUUCAGACUGAGCUGCAGCAAUAACAAGAUUUCAUGCCAUGCAUGGGGUAGUUUAUAUAGCAAUGCUAUCAUAUACCCUGAAUAGUUACAUAGUUGAUGGAGGACCAAUGAUUACUUGUUGAGGUCCAGAAAUCCCUUAUGGCAAGGUGCAGCCUUGUGGUGAGGGUGUCCUUUCACAUCUGAAGUAUCCCCUUGACUCCCUCCCCUUUAACUCCUUAAUGUCCUGAAUAGCUUUGUGAAUGUUUGGAUGCUUGAAGAAAGCAGGUAUGCUUGAAGAUUAGAUUUAUUGGGUGGUACACUUUUAGUGUGAUUAUGGGAAGUGAUAAGGCUGUUACAAAAAAAGUUGGCUUGUUUUCAGGUUAAUUAAAUUGGUUAAAAUGUUUUAAAGAAUUGCAACAAUAGUGAAACAAGUAUUUUCAAGUAUCACACUAAAAGGCAUGUUACCAAAGCGUGUUUUAUCCAAAAGUAAAAAUGCUGAUGAAACAUCUUGAUCUCGAGUUAAUUUGGUUGUCUCUUCCACCCAUCAUUUGUUAAUUUUAAUGUGAGCAGUAAUAGUUUUUGUGCAUUUUUUUUUUGUGAGGAAUGAGACAUUUAGAUAAUGUUUAAAAAUGUGUUAAUGGAACAGGAAAAUGCUUUUUUAAUGAGUUUUGGCAGUAUCUGGGAGGAAAGGAUUUUGCAUCCCAGUGACAUUAAGUAGAAUAAAAACUUUUUUUUUUUAAUUCGAGGCUGGCUUGUUUUGUGAAAACUGCUGUCCUGCCAAUUUAAAUUAUGAAAAUACCACAUUAGUGGUUUUCUGUAUCAAUUUUAAUUGGUGCUUAAAAACAUAAAACUAAGAGCAAGCAAGGAUUUUAGGUUUAGGGUUUUUUUCUGUGUGUUUUUAAAUCACUUAAGUCAGCACACACAUGAUGGAAUAUAGCAUUUGGUUUAAUGUUGUCUUGCCUUGAUAGAGAAUGAGAUAUAGUUCCUAUUGUAUUUGGAAGAAAAUGUUGUAUUUGGAGUGCAACUGACAAUGGCAGCAGUCCUAUAUUUUUUGGUCGAAAGAAUGAUUGAAACAUUGAGGGAAAAAAGUUGAUGGUCAGCUUGUAUGAAGGACUGUUUUUUGAGGCAGCAUUUGAUACCAACCACAUUCUAUGUAUGCAUUUAUGGUUUUGAGUUCUAGUCAGAACCCAUCAACCAUAUUAUAAGAGCUUGUGCCUUUUUCUUUAUGACAUUAAAAUAAUGUUUAAAAAGAAAAAUAUUAAAUGUGCAUUAGGCACCAUUUUCCCCCAGUAUGUUAUUGUUACUUUUUAUACUGGAUAAUGCAAUCAGUACAUGUUACUCAUUGUGUUAAAUUAAAGAAAAAUACAUGAUCAUA